AUGGCUGAAGAUUUGUUUAUACAACCAGAUGUAGAGAAGGAGGAAGAUUUCAAAAGAUUUUUGAACAGUAUCGCUGAUCUAGAAGAAGAAAUAGAAGAAAUAGAUAAUCAGGAUGAUUUGAAAAAUAGAUAUAAACAAACUAUAAAAGAAUUAGAAGAAAAACUUAGGAAAGAACAGGAUGCCUUAGACAACCAUGUCAGAGUUCUGAGGGAGAAAGACAGCAUGAUUAAAAGACUUCAAACUAGUUUGGCAGAGAAAGAGAGAAAUCUUGAGACUUCACAGUGGAGUGGCAAUUCCAGUAAUGAAGAGUUAGAUAGAUUAAAGAAACAGUUGAAGGAGAAAGAUGAUUUAUUGCAGGAUGUGAUGUCUGAGCAGUCUAAGGCAACAGCAGCCAAUGCAGAGGCUCUGAAUAAUCUACUGAAGAAACUGAAGUCUAAGGACGAGGACAUACGAGAGUUGAUGGAGAGAUCUAAUAAAGAAAUGUCAGAUCUCCAUAACAAACUUCAACAAUUACAAGCAGAACUUAAUAGAAAACAACUAAGUUCAAAGAGUUCAGAAGACCAACUUAUUGAUAUUGAACAGGAUCACAGACAGGGCAUAGACAAACUUGCUGGAGCACUUAAGGAUAAGGACAAAACUAUUGAGACCUUGGUAGAAAGUGGACAGGAAAAAGACAAACUAAUCCAAAGAUUACAGCAGGUAAAUGCAGCUUCACGUGGAACUAUAAUGGAUAAUAACAGGCUUAGAGAUGAGGCUAAUGAACUUAGGAAUCAGUUAGCUAAGAAAAAAGAUGAAAUUAGCGAAUUAAAGCUUCAGUUAGACAGAGAUGGAUCAAGGAGUCCCAAAGCAGGAUUUCAUGUAGCCUUAGAGGAACUGAAACUUCAAUUGGCAGUUAAAACAGAGGCUCUUAAAGCUGCUAAACAAACAGAAGAAGACUUCAGGGAACAAAUUAAUUCUUUACGAAAGCAACUUGAAUCGGCUCACCAGAGUAUGAAAGAAGUACACACAACAGAAAAACAAGUGUACUACAUGAGAGACAACUCUGAUGGAAAUGGACAUCCUGACCAGAACCAGGACUUCAUACAAAGAGAAUUGAAUGAGUUGCACAGGAUUCAGGAAGCUGAGAAACAAAUUCUGUUGGAUCUAAAGGAAAAACCAAUGUUGUGA